UCAGCAUCGUCAUAAUUAUCAUAACACGCAAGAUCUUAUCUUUAUCCCCUUUAGAAGAUGUUUUGUUUUUAUUAACAAGGCCGCAUAUGUUCUUAUUGUCUCAGAAAACAAAAAACUUCACAUCCCGUUGGAAUAGAACCAGAUGUAGACCACUUGACUUUCGUAUGAAGCAAGUCCAUCUUUAAAGAUCUUCAGUUGCGCUGUAGGCGUAGAAGGAUCUGGUCCGUUCUAGACUGGCACUGAUCAAAUUCAGAAGAAAAAGUUUGAAUCACGUCAAGGUGGAAGAACAAGAGACAUUUCAUGAUGGUCUUCAUGAAGAAUUUAUGUGAUGACGUGCACGCUCCAUUCGCUACCUCAGUGACGACUGCAUGUCUUUCCUUACUGCUUUGUUGUAUCACUGUACCAGGAAACAUUCUGAUCUGUAUUUCUAUUUUGAAAGAUCCUUAUCGGGAAUUAUCUACCUCAUUCAACUAUUUUGUUCUCCAGCUGGCAUUUAGUGACGUCAUCGUCGGGAUUUUCACCGAACCAGCAUUCGUCGUAUGGCAUAUUCGGGAAGCGCUCGGCCAUGGUGUUUCGGGAACGCAAUGGAUUGUUCACUUAACGUUUUUCAUCUCUUGUGCAGCUUCGCUUCUUAGUCUGACAGCUCUAACUCUUGACAGACAUUUAACAAUCGUGAGUAUCAGAAGGAAACUUUCCUUUCGUUCUGUGGUUCUUAUCUGCGUGCUGAUAUGGCUAUUGUCUUUGACAAUACCACUCGUUUAUUUCGUCACUGGGUUUUAUUUGUUUGCGUUUAUAUUCGCUAAUACCGCGGUUAUCACUGCAUUUGUGAUUAUCACAUUUUCGUACUGUCAGAUUCAUUACAAGCUAAGAGUUCAAGUGUCUCGUUGGCGUUCACUUUGUCAAGACCGCAUCGUGUCAAAAGCAGUGGCCAUGGAGAAACAACUUUUUCGGUCAUUCAGUUUGAUUUUAAUGUGUUUCAUCUUGUGUCUAAUUCCAUCGUGUAUCAUGAUAUACAUUAUAAACCUUUGUGAUAAGUGUGACUGUGUACUUAUCCACUGGUUACGGGAUUUACAAUUCCUUCUGACUCUGGUCAACUGCUCGAUGAAUCAGUUUCUGUACGCUUGGAGGAUGCCCAUUUUUCGAAAGGCAGUAGCAGCAGUCCUUUGUGGUAAGUCAACUGCACCUCAAUGUGACAUACCUUCCACACUUCGUACACCAACACUCUCGAGCAAUCGGAGCAGCAGAAAUGAAACUUUAACAGAGGAGUUUGCGUCGUCAAUAAAGUACAAGCUCACUUCGCACACUAGAAAUGAUAUCAAUGAUGCAGGCAAUGUAAAACGUUUGGAACAGCUUGAAAAUUACAGGUGCAUAACCUAUGUAUAGAAUUACUUUUUUCUAUUGUAUAAACAACAACGAGAACCUUAUUAAGGGACCGGUCAUUAUUUUUCAAAAAAAAUUUCUGUGUUUUCGGAAUCACAGUUUGGACCUCUCUCUCAUCAAAACAUUCCUGAUAAUUACCGGUGAAGGCCAAAAAUUAAUGAGCUAACUUGCAUGUACACUUAACUACAAUAACAUUGUUAUAGAAGAAGAAAAAGAGAAAAAAAGUAGCUGAAAGUUUAAUAGGAAAGAACCAGGAUAAUAGCUCUCUUUUCAUCUUUAAGUUGUUUAAAUUGGUGUACGGUCGCCAAUUAUUUUUUUAGAUUUUUAUUCAACAUGAAAAUGUUAUUUCAAUCACAUUACAUUUAGGAUAUGAAGUUUCCAUACGUUUUGGGCUUGGCCAUUCCAAGCUUAAGGUGGAGAGUUGCGGGACUUAGGAACCUGAGUCCUCCACGGGAAAACCUAAAGGUUACUGUCCCUAUAACCCUCCUUAUAUGGAAUAAUGUAAUGAUGUUUCACGUUAAAACUCGUUUUAAAGUCAAUUAUAUAAAGGCUGAUAGUUUCUAAAGAAACUGGGGCUGCGUCGGUGCGGGUAACGAAAUAAUUCGAA